CAACAGCAAUGGCUGUUCUCAACGUCUGCUUGUGUUCCAAUCUCCCUCCAAAUCCCAAACCCAUUCUCUCCACAACCCAAGUUUCCUCUUUGCCCUCCCUACCCACCCACCGUAUCCCCCAGGGUCUGAACCAGCCUCAGGCCUCAAAUAAUCUUGUAUUCUCUUUGGGUGAAUCGAUCUCCAGAGCAAGCUUUCUCGCUCUUCUCUCUGCUUCACUCGUCUUCGCUGCCGAUCCUGCACUCGCGUUCAAGGGUGGAGGUCCGUAUGGCUCUGAAGUGACGAGAGGCCAAGAUCUCAGUGGGAAGGAUUUUAGUGGCAAAAGUUUGAUCAAGCAAGACUUCAAAACGUCAAUACUGAGGCAAGCCAAUUUUAAGGGUGCCAAGUUACUCGGAGCUAGCUUCUUUGAUUCUGAUUUAACAGGGGCUGAUCUUUCUGAUGCUGAUCUUAGAGGUGCAGAUUUUUCCUUGGCAAAUGUGACAAAGGCAAAUUUAAGCAAUGCUAAUUUGGAAGGAGCACUUGCCACAGGCAACACAUCUUUCAAGGGGUCAGUUAUAACAGGUGCAGACUUCACAGAUGUGCCGCUGAGAGAUGAUCAACGUGAAUAUCUGUGCAAAGUUGCUGAUGGGUAACCUUUACUCCAGUAAUUUAUUUGCCUUCUAAUAAGUGCUCCAUUAUUCUAAUGCCCAAAUUGUGUUAUCAGGCUGAAUCCAGUGACAGGCAAUGCAACACGAGACACGUUACUUUGCAACUAGGUAUGCUAUUAUGAAAAAUUUGACGUGCUUUAGUACAAGAGCAGAGUUUUGUAUGAGUGUGAAGUUAUUUGUUGCAAGUACAGUGUGACAUGCAAUUCAUACUAAAAGAGUUCUUUUUUU